CCCCCCCUUCCGCUCUUUUCUUACCUCUUGCUGGCGGCCAUCCCCGUCCGUCUCUUCGUCUUCUUCUUCUCGUCCUUGUCUCCCUCCACCGCGCUACCUCCCCAUACGCUCUCUUUCCUCAUCGACCCAAAUAGGAAUAUCACUUCAAACACGAUACGCAAUGACAAGCGGGAGCCUCAAGAACCAGCGCGACGGUCUGUCGUCUGCAGAGCUCGGACAGGCCAAUCCAUUGCACUCGAUAGAUGAAUCGGAAACAGCGGCCCUUUUGAACGACCGACCUCGCGCCUCUGCUAAUAGUGCCAGCAAGCGGCCGAGCUCAAAGAGGGUCCUGCCUGAGCAUGCAAGGAAAACCAUUAUUGUCAUGCUCAUCUCCAUCUCUGGCAUCCUCGUCAUCCUCCUGGCUGUCACCUUGGUCUUCAAGGUCGGCAGCGCACCAAUCAUUGAAAAGAACCCACCGGUGCUGAUCAAGGCCAAGUAUGGAGCUGUUGCUGCGGAGGAGAUCCAUUGUUCAGAGAUUGGUGUGGAAGUUUUAAAAGAGGGAGGAAAUGCCGUGGAUGCGGCUAUCGCCUCAUGUCUCUGCAUCGGUACUGUGAACUCUUUCUCCGCCGGCAUCGGUGGAGGAGGAUUUAUGGCCAUCCGCCUUCCCAACGGCACAGUCGAGAUUAUCGAUUUCCGAGAGACGGCCCCCGCUGCGUCUUACCUGACCAUGUUCAAGAAAGAUCCCAUCCUCGCGCAGCGUGGUGGACUCUCUGUAGCCGUGCCUGGCGAGAUACGUGGACUUGAACUCGCUCAUAAGCGAUAUGGCAAGUUACCAUGGGAAAGACUGUUUGCUCCAUCGGUCAGGAUGGCGAGAGAAGGGUGGACUGUUGGGCCCGAACUGGCGCGCCGAAUCCAACUGGUGAAAGAGAUGAUGGAGACAGAGCCUGACUGGUCUCGUGUCUUUGCAGCGGACGGUCUGGCACUGAGAGAAGGACAGCUGAUUAAGCGAGAGGCACUCGCGAAUACAUUGGAGGCCAUUGGAAAAGAGGGGGCGGAUGUAUUUUAUACAGGAGAGAUUGCCAAGAUGAUCGUCGACCAUGUGCAAGAACACGGAGGGAUUUUGACGAUGCAGGAUAUGAAGGACUACAGGCCGUUAGUCAAGAAGCCGAUGGUAGGCUAUUACCAGGGACGUAAGAUUUACACCUCGCCAGCACCGACCAGUGGGCCAGCUCUGAUCAGCAUUUUGAACAUCUUGGAGCGCUACAAUGUGGGCAAGGUCAAGGACGAUGCCAACCUGGACACGCAUCGCCUUAUUGAAGCCAUGAAAUUCGGAUUUGCACAAAGAACCGAGCUUGGCGAUCCAGAUUUCACAGACCUUGAAGCCAAGAUUGAGAAUAUGAUGUCGAAGGACACGGCCGCUCAGAUCCGUGCCAAUAUCUCCGACACGCGCACUUUCCCUGUGGAGUACUACAAUCCGCACUGGGGUGCGAUCGACAACCAUGGUACAACACAUCUCUCAGCUGUGGACAAGGACGACAUGUCCGUAGCAUUGACUUCGACUGUCAACUUGUUAUUCGGGUCAAAGCUAAUGGAUCCAAAGUCCGGUGUGAUCUUGAACGACGAGAUGGAUGACUUUUCAAUCCCGGGUCGGGCCAAUGCGUUUGGACUGCAGCCCUCGCCCUACAACUAUCCUGAGCCUGGAAAGAGGCCUCUGUCGUCGUGUGUGCCGACGAUUGUUGAGAAGGACGGGCGGUUCGAGAUGGCUCUUGGUGGAAGCGGAGGAUCUAGGAUUUUGACUGCAGUACUUCAGACCAUGUUGAACGUGUACAACCACGACAUGAAUAUCAUGGAUGCGAUUGAGGGCCCUCGCAUUCACCACCAGCUAAUGCCUAAUGUUGUGGAUAUCGAGGCCGGGUAUUCGACAACAGAGAUUGCAUUCCUAAGAGGAAUUGGACAUAACGUUACCAUCUUUGAUCGUGCUUUGGCCAAGGCUGAGGUGCAGGCUGUGAUACGAGAGACCGAUGGGUACAUCUACGCGUCAAGCGAUACGAGGAAGCACGCCAUUGCAGCCGGAUACUGAUGGACGAUCUGCUUUAAUACUUUGACAUGCACAGGGAGCGAAGAUGCAGCCAACUAAUGCAGUAAAACUUAUCCAUACUACCGCUGCGAUUAAUAGCACGAACAGGAAAAAGAAAUAUGUAUAGCCAUGCUACUACUGUUUUAUUGUUUGUUGCAUAAAUGAGAGCAUUCUCGUGCUCUAUCAUCC